GGAUAAGGACAAGGUGAGGAAGCAGGCACACAGAACACACAGUGAAAGCAGAUCCAGAGAAACGACUGUUGGACAUCAUGAAGCUCCAGGCUGCCCUUGUGUUGGUCUGUAUACUCAGAACAAGUUUUGCUCUUCCAGUGCAGAUUGGAAUUCUUGCAAGCAACAGCAAUGAGAUCCUAAGACUGAAUGGACUAACUCUUGCAGCUCUCGGACAAACACAGGCUUCUUCGAUUCUACCCCAGUAUGUGCUGCAGCAGCAGCAGCCUGAGGUUUUGCUCACUCCACAGGUGGUGAACUUGAAUCCUCAGAUGACAGGGCCCUUCAAUCCCCAGGGGCCCCAGAUAUUUCUCCCCACCCAGGGUAACCAGCUAACGCCUGUGCUCGUCCCUAACGGCCAGCAAGAGCAGCUUGGGCCUCCACAGGACCCCAAUGUUCCUAAUGUCCCUCAGCAGGGCCCUGUUCAGAUGUUUCCACAAUUCCAGUAUCCGUCUUUUGGAUUUCCUCAGUUUCCCAGGCAGCAGGGUUUCCCUUACUUCAUGCCUCCUUAUGGCUAUCCCCAGCAGAGGAACACUGCGGUGCUGCAGCCCAACAAUGGGCAGCAAACCCUGGAAAGAACCACACAGAGACCACAGCUCCCCCUGCAGCAGUCUUCCCAGCCCAAGGUACAAACAGAAAAAAACUGGCCACUGGGAACACAGAAAGAGUCCACUACAGUUCCUCCUGAUCCUCGCGGUGACGCAUCUGGCCCAGGGAUUGAUGAGGGUCAUUCCAACUUCCCCUUCCUGUUUGAGCCUUAGAUCUCACAUGGGAAAUAGCAACAAGAUGAUCUGGCAAAAAUUAAAUUUGGUGUGUUUGCCUACAGUCGCUUGUUCUUCUGCAAAACGUACUGGAGUGUGCGAGUCUUGCAGCUUAUUUGUACUCAUUUUAUUUUGUAUCACACUGAAACUGUCUUUCUCAUUUCAGAAAUCUGUCCCUCGCUUUCACAAACUGCCAAAUAAAAAACUUUGCCAAAGUCA